AUGUGGAGUGAUACUGGCACCACAUUCGUAGGUGCCUCAAGGGAGUUGCAACAAUUAAAGGCCAUCCAACCGACCAUAGCCGAACAUCUCGAGGCUAAUGGUACCGAGUGGCACUUCAUUCCUCCUCAUAGUCCCAACUUUGGAGGACUUUGGGAGGCCGGAGUGAAGUCCACAAAGUUUCACUUGAAACGAGUGAUUGGUGACGCGACACUCACGUACGAAGAACUGACUACGCUUCUUAGUCAGAUAGAAGCGUGUUUAAACUCACGGCCCAUGAGUACAAUCAAUGUCGACGAUCCUGGUGAACCAAUGCCAUUAAAGCCUGGACAUUUUCUAAUUGGAGAGCCAUUAGCGAAUGUACCAGAUUAUGAUUACGAGAACUCUAAUAUAUUUAUGUUAGAGGUGGCAAUUCAUCCAACGCAUGCUACAAGAGUUUUGGAGACGUUGGUCUCACCAAUAUUUGGCUACGUUGAUGAAUCGCUAUAA